GCGAUGUUUUCAGUGCUAUGGCGUACCAGGAAGGGGAGACGCUUGAAUCUUGGCUCAAUAAAGCCACCCAUCCUACAAACAGACAGGAGGACUGGGAAUACAUCAUAGGCUUCUGUGAUCAGAUCAACAAGGAACUGGAAGGUCCUCAGAUAGCGGUGCCUCUGCUUGUUCACAAAAUCCACUCACCGCAAGAAUGGGAGGCUCUUCAGGCUCUCACAGUAUUGGAGGCAUGUAUGAAGAACUGCGGGAGAAGGUUUCAUAAUGAAGUCGGAAAAUACAGAUUUUUAAAUGAGCUGAUUAAAGUUGUGUCCCCAAAGUACAUGGGCGACAGUGCAGCAGAGAAGGUGAAGAUGAAGAUAGUGGAGAUGCUCUACAGCUGGACGGUGGCGUUUCCUAAUGAAACUAAAAUCAGUGAAGCGUACCAGACGCUGAGAAGACAGGGCCUCGUCACUAUCGACCCAGAGUUACCUCUCGACAGGACUCUGAUUCCCUCUCCUCCGACACGACCCAAACAUCCGGUUUUUGACAACGAGGACAUGGGCAAGCUGCUUGCUGAGCUUCUGCGGAGUAAAAACCCAGAGGACCUCCAGGAAGCCAACAGAUUAAUCAAAAACAUGGUGAAAGAGGAUGAGGCUCGAGUACACAAGGUAACAAAGCGCAUACACACUCUGGAGGAGGUGAGCAUUAACGUGAAGCUGCUGACGGAGAUGCUGUCUCACUACAACAAAGACAACUCCACUGACUCAGACAAGGAUAUCAUUAAGGAACUCUACCAGCGGUGUGACAAGCUGAGGCGCGCUGCUUUCAAAAUGGCCACCGAGUCAGAGGACAAUGACACCAAUUUAGGUGACAUCCUGCAGGCCAGCGAUGACCUCUCCAGGGUCAUAAACUCCUACAAGAAGAUUGUUGAGGGGCUGCCCGUCAACGGUGACAGCGAAGAGCCCCGACCCACAGUUGGUCACAGUGAGAUUGCAGAGACCACAGAUACUCUGAUCGACCUCGCCGGCCUCGACACUCCGAGCCCUCCUCAACCUGCCCCCCCUCACUUCCAGUCCUCAGAUCUCGUCUCUAUCAAUCCAACUAUUUCCUCCAUCCCCUUCCUGCCUCCUCCUCCCAAACGCCUGGCCGACUCCCAGAGCAGCAGCCCGAGCCACCCUCCCCUCGACAUGGCCUCCACUUCACUAUUGCUCCUCGACGAUGAGCUGCUGUCUCUAGGACUGAACGACCCCCCUUCCUCCCUGAGCAGCCAACCCAAGUUAAACGAAUUAUCCAAUCACUGGACUUCCUUGCAGGCUUCAGCUUCAGGGCUGGAUAUGUUUGGCGGUCUAGCUUCAGGUCCUGUGGUACCGCCGUCUGAGCCAGCUGCAGCCACAAACAGUCUGCAGAACCUGCAGGACCUGGCCAUGAUGGGUUUUUCAGAUCAUAAGAGUUCCUCCAUGAUGGCAGCCAGAGGAAGCAGCUUCGGGAUGUCUGCAGCAGCACCUCCCCUCAUAGCUGGACAUGGAUCUCCCUCCUCACCCUCUUUUCUCCAGAGUACGAUGCCUGGCUCCCCCGCUCUGUGCCAUGCUAUGGCCCAGAGCCUGGGCUCGGCUCCUGGCAGCCCUCUGUUCCGCUCUCUGUCUCCCUGCCACCCUCCCCUCCAGGGCAGCCCGGCCAGAGCAACAGACGUCUCCCUGAGCAACGUGCACGUCCCUCUGGAGGCAAUCAGACCGAGUAAAGUACUGCCUGUGACGGCCUACGAUAAGGACGGUGUUCGAAUGCUCCUCAACUUUGCAGCUAACUGUCCCCCCGGCAGGCCUGACGUGUUAGUGAUGGUGGUGUCAACGCUCAAUACUGCCCCCCUGCCUGUUCAAAAUGUGGUACUGCAGGCUGCCGUGCCCAAGUCCAUGAAGGUGAAGCUGCAGCCUCCAUCAGGAACAGAUCUGGCUCCAUUUAACCCGAUCCUUCCUCCGGCCUCCAUUACCCAGAUCAUGUUGCUGGCCAACCCAACAAAAGAUAAGGUGCGUCUGCGCUUCAAGCUGGCGUUCACACUCGGAGAUCGCCUGUGCAACGAGGUUGGAGAGGUCAACCAGUUCCCCCUACAGGAGAGUUGGGGUUUUCUAUAGGACUGAAGAUGCCUGCUUCCUCACAUCAGGGACAGAGCGGGUUGUACUCCAUGAAGGGUUUUUGUGAAUUCACAUCCAUCCCAGAGAGAAAGGAGUGGUGGGUGGAGAAAUUCAGCUGCACAUUCCUUAUAGGUAUGGCUAUUGUCGUUACCGGCAGUGACAAGCUAACAGCAGACACUGGAGAUAUAUAUAUACAGUGCUCGUAUACUUUUCUGCAGAUGGCUAACAAACUAAAGAUAUGCACUUGCAAGUAGGACAGUAGUGCUGUUUAAAGGGCCUUGGUAUUGAGAUGAAUAUUUUACUGGAUUUCCCCCAAGAUGAAUACAACACAUGUUAGUGUACUCUAAAUACUCCAUGCAUUAGAGCGAAGACGCCCUGACUGAUGGGUUGGAUUGCUUCAUAACAAAAUUACUAUUAAAAGAAACUAACCUCUCCCAGGGCAUUUAGAGGAAUUACCAUUGGUGCCACUGUCCCAAAGACGUUUGUAUUGCUUAUAAUUUUUCCUUCAAAAUAUAAAAGAAUACGAUAUUGUAACCAAAUUCCUGCCGCAUGCUAUUCAGAGUAAAAGCAGUCAACCACGUUUUGCCAGCAGCAAGGGGUCUCUCUCUGAAACCAACAAAACAACCAAGCUUUUUGGGGGGGUUUUGGUUGCCUUGUGACAGACAGAAUUGCAUUUGGGAAGCAAAGCCUAUAGGGAACCAAUCCUAACAUCGAUGAAGUCAUUAUUCUACAGCCAUUACGUUUACAUACAGCAAGAACAUAUCUAUUGCCAAUUGAACAGAGCCUAAGUGAAUGUAUUUAUUCACUCCUCUGGCUGAGCACUUUCUUAUUACACAGAAAAUAUACUUGAAUAAAUCCAUUUGAAUAUGGGAUCUAGUAGAUGUCUUAAGAUGGAGUCAAACCAGACAAUUCAUCUGUUCAGUAAAAGGUUUUAAAAUAAUUUCAGCCAUUAAGAUUUUAUUGCAUUAAAGGAAACCUAGUGUUGUCAAUAAUAAUUACUUUAUGUUUUAGAUAAGUGGACAACCAUGUUUAAUUAUCUGCUGUUAUGGCAAACAUACAAGAGGUUAAAUAUUUUAAUUAUAAAUACACGGUUAAUAUUUGAGUCUACUGAGUCCUGUUUUAUGUCAUGUGAUUACAUUUUUUUCUUUGAAAUAAAUUUAGGUGAUAGUCUGCUUAUAAGUCAUGGUUUAAGCAGUCGGUAAUUAUAUUUCAGUUGUGUAUUUACAGAUCUUAAGUCAUCUACCAGUGACAGUAUUGGGAGUAUUUAUGUCUUAAUUUUUACUUUCUGUUCUGUUUAUAGUAUUUCAGUGCAUCACUGAACUUAGAAAAUGAAGUGAACUGAAAAAUCUGAAUUUACAUUUUGUAGUUUGAAAGGGAAAUCUGUCACCGGGCAGAUUACGGUGUCUUCAGCAGUGGGUGAGUUGAACUGUGCUGCGAUCAGUCCGCCCAGUCCCCCCCCUUAGGUCUCCUGUCUGGUAGUUCUCAACUCGUCAUGUACAGAAGAAGUGUGUGUUUAUUGUACAUAUUAUGUAAUGUACCUAAUGUUUGCUGUAUGACAAGUUAUGUGAACAUGUGACGUGUAGAGUUUGGGAGAGAUAGGUCUGUACAUAAUGUAUGAUGUGCCAUUUGUUCGCUACAUGGAAAAUAAAUAUUUCUUUCAAUGGA